AUGGAGGGUACCGCCGCAGUCCCACCAGGCGUGCCCAUCAUAGAGAGCCGCGAGGAGGUGGUCAGCGAGGGCAACGAGACGGAGCUCACCUGCACGGCCGUGGGGGGCCGGCCUGCCGCCGCCAUCCGCUGGAUGAAGGAGGAGCAGGAGCUGACAGGUGAGAUGAUGGUGGAGGAGACCUACGACCGGAUGUUCACCGUCAUGAGCCGCGUGCGCUUCUCCGUCACCAAGGAGGACGACGGCGUGCCGGUAGACUGCAUCGUGGACCACCCGGCGGCCAAGGAUCUGCAGGCCCAGCGGCACCUGGAGGUGUUCUAUAAACCGGAGGUGAAGAUCGUGGUGACGUACCCCGAGGGUCUGACCAGAGAGGGGGACAACCUGGACCUGACCUGCAACGCCGAAGGGAAACCACAUCCCCAUCGGAUCAACUGGCUGCGUGUGGACGAGGACGUGCCCCCCCAUGCCGUAGUCACGGGCCCCGACCUGUACAUCGAGAACCUCAACAAGUCGUACAACGGCACCUACCGCUGUGUGGCCUCCAACGCCGUGGGAGAGGCCUACGACGACUACGUCCUCCACGUCUACGAUGCUUCCACCACUAUUCCCACCCCCACCACCAACCCAGACAACACGCAAGAAUCCCUAGCGGGGGACAGCGCACCCCAGAAGAUCGACCACGCGGUCAUCGGCGGGGUGGUCGCCGUGGUGAUGUUCGCCAUCCUCUGCGCGCUCAUCGUCCUCGGCCGGUACUUCGCCCGACACAAAGGUACCUACUUUACCCACGAGGCCAAGGGGGCGGAUGACGCGGCCGACGCCGACACCGCCAUCAUCAACGCUGAGGGCGGGCACAGCAACACGGACGAGAAGAAGGAGUACUACAUCUGAUCACCUCCCGC